AUGGAUCGCGACCGCUCCUCGCGCCGCAGUUGCCACCGCCGAUCCCGCGACCGGGACGACGACCGACACCACCGCCGCAGUCGCCACGACACCGACGCUCACCACCGGUGCGACGGCGGGGAUGAGGACCGCCGCCGCCGCCACCACCGUGACAAGGACGGGGGCGAAGGCGGCGAGGAUGACCGCCGCCACCGUCACCAUCACGACAAAGACGACAGCCGUAGCCACCGCUACCGCGACGGCGAGGACGACGACCGCCGCCGCAGGAACCAACGGUCCGUUUCACCGUUCGAGUCCCCACCACCCUCAUCGAAGCGGGACCGCUCAUCUAGCCACCCACGGGAGUCUGUCGAGUGCUAUGACUCCACCGACCGCGAGCCGCGGUCGUCGUCACGGAAGCGGAAGGGCCACGAGGGCAGUGGCGACGGGGACAAGCCUGGCUGCGAAGGGGGAAAGCGGGUCAAGGCAUCUGUAGAUCCGCCUCCACCCAAGGAGGAGAAGCCUAGGCGGGAGCGCCGGAGGUUUGAGGAUGUUGAUGCAAUUGGGAAGAAUGGUGAUGUGAGUAAGCUGGGUAAGGAAAUCUCAUCUCAUGAGCUGAAGAAGGGGGAGAUAUCAAUUAACGGGGAUUCACAGAACGGCGAUGCUCGUAAUUACGAAGGACCUUUAGUCAAGGAUCAGCGGUACAAUCCCAUAGAGCAGAUCCUGUUCAAGUUCGUGCUGCAUGGUUCGAGAGCUGAGCUUUUAAGUUAG